GCACACACACCACCAAGCGCUGGAUCUGGACUCUGGACGAACGAUGUUGUGUUGCGAAUGAAGGCGCGCAAAGUAUCGAACUCAAAAAGCUUACGAAAAACAUGAACAGUUUCAUUUCGGUUUAAAUUGAUGAACACUUAACUAAAAAGAGUUGAGAUCAAAAUCAUCGGUUAGGUGCUAUGGAACCUGGAAUUAUUCGCAAACUAGACGAGGUGGUCGUGAAUCGAAUUGCGGCGGGGGAAAUCAUUCAACGCCCGGCAAAUGCACUAAAGGAGAUGAUAGAAAACAGUUUGGAUGCCAAGUCGACCAGCAUCCAGAUUGUAAUAAAAUACGGUGGACUCAAGUCCUUGCAGAUUCAAGAUAACGGAACCGGGAUUCGACGCGAUGAUUUGGCCAUCGUAUGUGAACGUUUCACUACAUCCAAACUACAAAAGUUUGAAGAUCUAUCAUCGAUAGAAACAUACGGAUUUCGAGGUGAAGCAUUGGCAAGUAUUAGUCAUGUUGCACAUUUGACCAUAACUACCAAAACUAAGGAUGAAAAAUGUGCCUUCAAAGCCACUUAUGAAGAUGGAAAGUUAAAAGGAGACAUUAAGCCAUGCGCAGGCAAUCAGGGAACUCAAAUUACAGUGGAAGAUUUGUUCUACAAUGUUCCUAUGCGAAAACAAGCGUUGAAGGCACCCAACGAGGAAUUCCAAAAGAUAUCUGAUGUAGUCAGUAAAUAUGCAGUACAUAAUCCUCAAACUGGCUUUAUGCUGAAGAAAUUCGGAGAGAAUGCUACUAUACGAACACAAGCCAAAUCGACAGUUGAAACUAACAUUGCAAUGAUCUACGGGUCUUCUAUUAGUAAAUCGUUACUCAAAAUCGCAAUAGACGAUGAUAUUCUUCAACUUCAAGUCAAUGGGUUCGUAACGAACGUAAAUUUCAACUUGAAGAAAGGAAUGUUCUUACUAUUCAUCAAUCACAGGGCCGUCGAUUCGACAAACAUCAAGAAAGCUAUCGACCAAAUUUAUUCCCUUUAUCUGCCCAAAGGGUCAGCCCCCUUCGUAUACCUAUCUAUCGAACUGAACCCAAAUAAUGUCGACGUGAAUGUCCAUCCAACAAAGCACGAAGUUCACUUUCUGCACGAAGAGGAAAUCAUCGAAAAAAUCAAAGAAGCGGUAGAGCGUGUGCUCCUUGGAGGCAAUGCUUCGCGGACAUUCUACACACAAGCAUUGCUGCCUGGGGCACCUGAACCUGCUGAAGUGAGCAAACUGAACGAUUCCACCGGAGAUAAACCAAAGUUGGAUUACAAGUUUGUUCGAACGUCGCACAACGAUCAAAAAUUGGAUAAAUUUUUCGGCAUAAACUUGUCCAGGAAUGCAAGCAUGAACGAGAGCACGAACAAUAACGAAGAUCUCGGAGGACCAUUGCUUACACCAAAACGGGAAAAACCAACGAAGGAAACAAAAUUAACCAGCGUACUAAACCUAAGGAAGACAGUGGAAGAUACAUGCGAUCGGAACCUUCGCACAAUCAUCAGCGAGUUAGCGUUCGUUGGAGUGAUCGAUCGCCACCGAGUACUAAUUCAGUAUGAUACCAAGAUGUUCCUAGUUGCAACUCGCGUUCUGUUCGAAGAACUGUGCUAUCAAAUGCUUCUUUUUAACUUCGAGAAUCUAGACUCGAUGGCAUUCACAAAUCCUUUGCCGCUCAGGGAACUGUCGAUGCUUGCUUUGCAAGACGCAGAAAGUGGUUGGACCGAAGACGAUGGCCCGAAAGAAGAACUCGCCGAAAGGAUAGUGGAAAUAUUGAUCAGCAAAGCGCCUCUAAUGAAAGAAUACUUCAAUCUCAGCAUCAAUGCCGACGGAAUGCUGGAAUCAAUACCCAUUGUGGUCCAAGAAUACAUUCCAUCCAUGGCAUAUCUUCCUAUGUUCGUUCUGCGGCUGGCAACCGAAGUGGAGUGGGACGUAGAGAAGGAAUGUUUCGACACCUUCUGUCGCGAAGUGGCACGUUAUUACGCUAAAAUUGCUUUCACCAAAAGCGAUAUGGAAUACAAAUGGGAAGUGGAGCAUUCAAUUUUCCCUGCCAUAAAGCAAUACCUUCUGCCACCAAAAUCCUUCGCUAAAAAUGGAUCCCUCCUAAAGGUAGCUAAUCUACCGGAACUGUAUCGCGUUUUUGAAAGAUGUUGAACGUCAUUGCCAAUAAACUACAUUAUACAAAAACAAAUUGCAAAUCUAGUAA